UUCCGAUCUUGUUGCGAAGCGACGCCAGCAUGGACAGCGUCGACUGGAAGGCGCUCGGACUCACGAUGGACCAGGCGGGGGCGCUCGUCGCGGCCUUCAGCAAGUACGACAAGAUGAAGACGGGCGCGAUCCCAGUCGACGCGCUCGAUGCGCUCAGCGUCGACCUCGGCGAGACGUUUGACGACGAAGAGAUGCGGGUCGCCAAGCAGAGUCUUCAGGACGGCGACGUCAUUCGCCUCGAGGCUUUUCUCAAGUGGUGGGCCCACGACCCAAAGCUCACAUAGAUAGCCUUGUGCAGGCAGCUCAAAUGUCCACACGUACUCAACCUUUGUUAUUCGUAAGCAAGGCAUGCAUGGCGCAGAGCUACUGCCAUCGUCGAUGGCUCUAGUCGAAACAACGUUGGUUGAA